AUGGGUCUUGCGCCUCGGGGAGAGAACAAGACUUGCUGCGGUCGCACUGUAAAGGGUGCAUCUUGCAAAAACCGGCUCAAGCUGCGGGUUACCGAAAAGGGCCAUCAGAAGUUGAUGAGCCUUGCCGGACGUCCGCUUGACUUGACAACGUUAGAGUUCGCCCUUUGCGAUAUAGUAAAAGACUUUCUCUGCGGGCGGUGGCAUCGGAGUCAGCAGGCGGACGAUAUUGCUCACCGGUGGUACCAAGCAGCUGUUCGGAAAACGACGCAAGCGGAGCUUAAUUUUCACCAUCUCCAACCACCAGUGGGGCGUACAUCUAUGUUUCUUGGAAGUUCAGAUGCCCAGAUGUCCGAGCCAGAUCACACCCACCGGCCAUUUCUGGAUGACGCGAGUCUCAAUUCAUUUGCCUACCUUCCUGCUGUGACAGAAGUAUUACCAAGUACGGGUCCCUUUGUCAGCGCUGCGACACUAAGAGCAGACAAUGUCCCAUGGCAUAUCACACCAGAACAGCCCGCUUUCUUAUCAUGUGUCACCAAUAUUUGGGCCGGUGUUCGCAACGAGGGAGCUCUGGAAGCCUUUAUUCGCCCAUGUGGAGGCGUGCCAACUAAUAUUGGAGCAUGUACCAACAAUGUGACUGCGGAUGCGUCUCGUCCAGCAACAUACAAAUCCCAACUGAGCAACGAGCUAGUUCAGUGA